AUGUAUAUUAUUCUACAGGGAGAUCUGGAAGUAGUCGCCGACGAUGGAAAGACUCGAUUUUGCGUGUUGAGCAGCGGAAAGUACUUUGGUGAAAUUUCGAUCAUGGAAAUUCCCGGCUCCAAGGCGGGAAAUCGAAGAACAGCGAAUGUCAGAUCGAUCGGAUUUUCUGACCUGUUUUGCUUGGCCAAAGAAGAUUUAACGGAAGUACUCGUGGAAUACCCAGAUGCGAAGAAAAUCUUGGAAGAAAAGGGCCGAGCAAUGCUGAUGAAGGAUAACCUGAUCGACCUUGACUGGAUUGACGAGGCGACGCGGCAUAAGCAGUUCAUGGACUCGCUCAAAAGCGACGUCGAAUUGAUCAAAAAUCAAAUGGCUUUGCUCAUGGAAAAUUUUGACAGAAUCAGCCGCGAGCGCGCUUCUCCUCGAAAACGUCUUCAGACGCAUCCGAUUGUCUAUGAAGAUCCUGACGAUGAUCUAUUGACGACGAUUUUAGAAGAGCCAAAUCAGAAUGCUAUUGACCCGGAAGAAGAGAAGGCGGAUCAGAGUUCUGUGAAAAAGGCGGAAAGCAAGGAAGAAGAUGUCUUUUCCGACGCUUCAAACAGUGAUAACGAAUCUGUCUUGUCCAACAGCUCAACGAUCCCAACUCUUCCGCCAACACCAACUCCACCAGUAAAACAGCCAACCAAGUCUGUGAGCUUGAGCAUGAAUAACAAGAACAACUCUCACUCAAUUGUUGACAGCGAUACAGACUCAGAUGAUGGCGCCGAGCAGGCUUUUUGCAGCGUUAAUUUGCUGGAUAUCGUUCACAAAAACUUUGCCGCAAGAUCGACUGAAGAGCAAGUUCUGGAGCGGCAAAGAAAACAAGUGGCUCGCCUUUCAACAGAAGCUACUCCUGCUGGAAGAAAUUUCAGAAAGGCGAUUAAUAUUUUUCUGGAAAGAUUGGGUCGGUCAAAAUUUGACCUGUAA